GAAGCUGAAAGGUGUUAUGAUAGUAUGUCCUCGAAGAAGUUCUCGCUCCUGAUGUUUGGGCUGUCCAAACUAAAACCGACCUCUGCCCGCGGUGUGCUCCGGGGGGCGGCGGGUCGGAGCAGCUACAGCUGGACUGCGGUGUGCCAGCAGCGGAGCAGCGGCACGCGCCGGGCUGUGUCCACCUCCAGCACCACGGUGGACCCCGGGGAGGUGAAGCGGUUCCAGUCUCUGUCCAACAAGUGGUGGGACGAACAGGGAGGCUUUGCUGCUCUGCACGCCAUGAAUGACCUCAGGGUGCCUUUCGUACGGGACAAUCUGUUGACUGUGCACAGCGCGCACCAUCCUGGAAAGCCACUUGCAGGACUGAGAAUCUUGGAUGUUGGCUGUGGUGGAGGCCUGCUAACAGAGCCACUGGGCCGCCUGGGAGCCAGCAUGUUGGGAAUAGAUCCAGUUGAAGAAAGCAUCAGCGUUGCCCAGCUGCAUUCGUCUCCAGACCCAGACCUUUGUGACCAGGUGUCAUACCAGGCCUGCACCCUGGAGCAGCUUUCAGAUGAAGGAGAGAAGGAGCAGGAGGAGCAAAGCAAGGCUCAGUUUGAUGCUGUCGUGGCGUCAGAGGUUGUGGAACAUCUGGCUGACUUGGAAACAUUCGCCAUCUGCUGCAACCACGUUCUAAAGCCAGGCGGCUCGCUGUUCAUCACCACCAUCAAUAAAACCAACCUCUCGUUCGCGUUGGCCAUCGUCGUGGCCGAGCAGCUGCUGCGCAUCGUUCCCAGCGGGACGCAUGACUGGGAAAAGUUCAUCAGCCCAGUAGAGCUUGAGUGCCUCCUGGAGUCCAAUGGCUUCUUGGUGCAGUCGGUCCAAGGAAUGAUGUACAACCCGAUAUCUGGAGCCUGGUCCUGGACAAACAGCACUUCCAUCAACUAUGCCCUGCACGCAGUCAAAAAGAGUGAUGGAGCCGAGGACAGCUGCACCCACUCCGAGUUUGAGCCUGCUGCCUCGCACAGCUGAGCUCUUUGUAAGAAAACGCCAGAAAACAAAAACAAUGACUCAGAUGUGUGGCAGGAGUCCUGACGGCCCACUGGCAAGCUGUGAUGGCGGCACACGAGAUGGAGUUUAUUCAACCUUGGUGUAGAAUAAAGCGUGUACUCAGCGUGAGAUGGCUCCAAGCUUUGGAGGUGUUUAAUGAAUACGGUACUUCGUGUUGGACAAACUGGACAUUGUCAUUGAUUUG